AUGGAGGAAGCUCAGGAGCCUCAAACUCAACCUCUGGGUGAAGGAGAUCAAAAUGAAAUAAUUACUGAAAGUUCUGCAUUUGUUAAAGGGGAACCUCCACAAGAAGUGAGUAAUCCGCCUAAAGUUGACUCAGAGGUUGAAAUCCUCCACGAGAAUGUUACAAAACAAAUAAUUAAGGAAGGUCAUGGUCAGAAGCCUACCAAAUAUUCAACAUGCUUUUUUCAUUACAGGGCAUGGACUGAAAGCACACAGCACAAGUUUGAAGACACAUGGGAUGAGCAACGACCCACUGAAAUGAUAUUAGGGAAAGAGAAGAAAGAGAUGACUGGCUUGGCUAUUGGUGUGGCCAGCAUGAAAGCUGGUGAGCGUGCCUUACUGCGUGUGGGCUGGGAAUUAGGAUAUGGAAAGGAAGGCAACUUCUCUUUUCCAAAUGUUCCACCUAUGGCAGAUUUAAUUUAUGAAGUUGAGCUCAUAGGCUUUGAUGAAACAAAAGAAGGGAAACCUCGCAGUGAUAUGACUGUUGAGGAGAGGAUUGGUGUGGCAGAUCGUAGAAAGAUGGAUGGAAAUGCUUUGUUUAAAGAGGAGAAAUUGGAGGAGGCUAUGCAACAGUAUGAAAUGGCCAUAGCAUAUAUGGGAGAUGACUUCAUGUUCCAGUUGUUUGGGAAGUAUAGGGAUAUGGCUUUGGCUGUAAAGAAUCCUUGCCACCUUAACAUGGCUGCAUGUUUGAUUAAGCUGAACCGUUAUGACGAAGCCAUAGGACAAUGUAGCCUUGUGUUGAGUGAGGAUGAAAACAAUGUGAAAGCAUUAUUUAGACGAGGUAAGGCUAGGGCAGCACUAGGCCAAACAGAUGCUGCCAGGGAGGAUUUUCUGAAAGCAAAGAAAUAUGCCCCAGAGGAUAAAGCAAUAGCAAAAGAAUUGCGAUUGCUUGCGGAACAAGACAAGGCUCUUUAUCAAAAGCAAAAAGAGAUAUAUAAAGGAAUGUUUGGACCAAGGCCUGAAACAAGACCCAGGCAAAAGAAUCUUCUGAUUCUUAUUUGGCAGUUGUUGCUGGCAGUAUUUCAUCGCCUCAUUAUGUUCUUCAAGCGUGAAAGGCAAAAAUCUGACUAAUCAAAGCUGUUGUUGAAUAAACUGAAUAAUGGUGGUUGACAAUGGCCUUAGUUGAUUCUAUAGGGUCCGUGCCUUGUGCAAGUGCUAAAAUAUUCAGGAGUUAAAAGGAUCAAAUCUUCUGGUUAGGACAAUCAUGUUUGUUUUAGAGUACUUUUCAAAACACAAUUUGUAAGUCAUGAGCGUUGGGUGAGAAUGUAUGAGCAUGAAUCCAAUCAAACUGCUGUUUGAAGUUUGUCUCUUAUUUAUCAUACUUUUGUCACACUGCGCAUCUAGUUUUGUUUCAUACUUCACUCUUCUGGCCACCUUUUUACCAUAAA